UAUUUCUAGUUCACUCUUGAAGCGUCUCUGAAUCAUACACUAAAUGUGUAAGUGUGUGUAAGAAUGUCCGUCAGAGACCGUAUCAAAUAUAAUUUCAAAUUUGAGUUUAUAAUAUUAGUGAUAAAUACUAUAGAAAAAAAAACGUCAUUAAUUCAAUGGAUGCAGCGCUCUAUAAUCUUUGAUGUAAACUCAAGGCUUAAGUUUAUAUCAAAAUCUAGGGGUUCGAAAGUCGUUAAAUGUCAGGUUUGAUAAAUACUUUUUUAUUAUUUGAGUUGAAAACAGGAAGUUGCGUUGGACGUAGACGUUAGCGUGUGACGCAGUACGUAAAUAAGUUGAUCAGCCUUUCGCUCGUGAGGUUGUUUUCCUUUAGCUUAAACAUUUCAGUAAUAUUAAUCGCAGGACUGAAACUACACACAGAUAUAUUCAGCUAAUUGUUACUGAAUUGCGAUUUAAACCGACACUUGACGACAUGCCAUCUGACUUUGUGGUGUAAGGAUAACUACAAAGUGCGGAUCAGACGGAGUCGUUGCUCAAACAGCUAACCGGGGUUAGCAGCGCACGUCUCCACCCCGUGUGCGCCAAAUGAUCACUGUGCCUUCUGUUUCGUCUGGAGUCGGCCUUUAGUUUCACCGAGUUCACACCGUGGUUUCGCCAGGAGAGGAUGAACUGGCUUUUCCCUUCGUCCAAAGGUUCCGGACCGCUCCCUCCUCUGAACAGCCUACAGCAACAAAGACAGCGGCAGAUCGAGUCACUCAAAGCAGCUCACCCCAGCCUUGCAGAGAUCCAGAAGGAUGUGGAAUACAGAAUACCAUUCACAAUCAACAACUCCACCAUUAAUGUUAACAUUUUACUACCUCCUCAGUUCCCUCAGGAAAAGCCAGUAGUCAGUGUCUACCCCCCUGUUGGUCAUCAUUUAGUUGACAGCAAUAAUGGCACCAUUGUCACAAGCUCCCUCAUCACUAAUUUUGGGAUGCACUCUGACCUGGGUAAGGUCAUUCAAAGUUUGUUGGAUGAGUUCUGGAAAAGUCCCCCAGCCUUGGUAACUACUGGAUCUGGCUUUCCAUACAGUAUGUACAAACCACCAGGCAUCGCUCCUUUCCCUAAUCAGCCUUUCCACUACGGUGCUCGACAUGUUGGUUCCAGUCAGACGCCACCCUCUGGUCCAGGCCCAGCUCCCACGCCUCACCAGGUGGCUGAGAGUGCUCAUGGACCCUCUCGAGCUCCAGCACCAUAUGGACUCAUUUCUGACCUGCCCCUGCCUGUACCCACUGGAGACGCUCAGGCUGGACUCAAUGGACACAUGUACAAGAUGCCAGAGAUUCCUGAGUCUUUUCCUGAACUCUGUGACAUGAGCCUGACCAAGUUGUCAGACAUGUCUGAAAAUGAGGAUGUGUUACUUGAAUUCUUUGUGAGUUUGCCACAGCUCAAACAGGUUGCUAGUGAUAAAGAAGAGCUUGUCAACAGCAUAGUGGAAAUGGCUAAGAAAAACCUUCAGAUGGAGCCACAGCUGGAAGGGAAAAGACAAGAAAUGUUCUAUAAGUACGAACAGUUAACUCAAAUGAAAGCAGCCUUUGAGACAAAGAUGCAGAGACAGCAUGAACUCAGUGAGAGUUGCAGUUUAAGUACUUUACAGGCUCGGCUAAAAGUAGCAGCCCACCAGGCAGAAGAGGAGUCAGAGGUGACGGCUGAAAACUUUCUUGAAGGACGAACAGAUAUAGAUGAAUUCUUGACCAGCUUCAUGGACAAAAGAACGCUUUGCCACAGCAGAAGGGCAAAGGAGGAAAAGUUGCAACAGUCCAUAAACACACAGGGACCGUUUCCUACAAGCCACUAAAACCCAAGGUUUGGACUUUCUCAGCCAACUGCUGCCAGCUCAAAAGAUACACACAUUAGAAUGGAUGAAAAGCACACAGAGUCAACGAUGGGCACUGGAGAAAUAGCCAGAUGCUGAUGGCAGUGGUGAGCUGAAAGAUAAAACGAACCCGUUUUGCUCAAAUCUGAGCCAAACAAACUGUUGAAUCGUGCAAAAGCAUGAUUUACAAACUUUUAAGUCACCAUAGGAGGCCAAAACUGGAUAAAUUGCUGACAAAUGUCUCUCCACCUAAGAUUUGCUCACGCUGUGGAUAUGUUAUAUUCAGGUCAGUUUGUCCAGUUUUGACUUUGAGGUAGUGACUAAGAGUUGUGGUGUAUCCAAGAUUUAAGUCACAGCACCUGAUGUGAGUGGUUAAUGUUGAGGAAAUACAUUUGAAGGAAAUUACAAAUAGCUUUGGAGAAUACAGGUUUACAUUCUCCCCUGCAGACAAGUGUAUGUUGCUGUAAAUUAAGAGUUAAAAUGCUAACAUUGGUUCUUUGUGUACAAAGAUGAGUCCUGCUCCUUUGAAAGCUUGAUCUGAAACACUUAAAGUACAUAAAUCUAAUUAGGGGAAUACAAAGGGAUUCCUGGUCAGAGAGGCAAUUUCAGGAGACCUGUAAUUUGGCCUGAUAAAAUUUAAAUUUGAUUUUUUUAAUGUUUAAAAAAGUUUCUUUAACAAAGCCUAAGCCAGUGUGUUUUCACCAACAUGAAUAAUUUGAUUAAGCACGUUAAGGUGGUACACCGAUAACACUGUUAUUAUUAAUUUACUGUAUGUGGCUACAAUUUUUUUUUUUUUUUUUUUUCAAAAAUAGGAUGGACAAGUCUUUGUCGUUUUAAGUGGCUGUUAUCCCUCCAGUGAUGUCACUUUCUUUUUUUUUCUGUGGUUCACUGGUAAAACAUAUAAUUAUUUUUUCAGAUAUUUGGUCCAUUUAACAAACAAAUUUAGAAAAGUCAGUUUCUGGCUUUCUGACUCCUGUAAACAGAGUAAACGGUUUGAUCGUGGUGUUACCUUAAUACUGCGCUGUGAAUAAUUGACUUAUUUGUGUGGCUGUAAAUACACUAGUGUCCCUGAAGAACAGAAUAACUAAAGUAAUGAUGAGGACCCUCAAACUAUUUGGGUUAUUGUGGUGGAAUAUUAGAUGCUGCAGUAAAAUGCGAUGACAUUGGAUACUGUAUUUAAAUGUUUAUAAUAGGCUAUAUUGUAAUCAAAGACUCAAGACACCUUGUAUUAUAUGUUCUUAUUUAAUUUGUUAGAUUAAUAAAGGCUUUAGAAUAAA